ACAGUCUGAACCGGCUUCCACGGAGCGUCGGGGAACUAAUCUUAAGCAUGGCUGUCUAGCGUGCCUGUCACUCCUAUUGUCCUUCCAAACUCUUGCAGACAUUUUGAGCGAGGAGUAUUAGAGCUAUGAGUUAGCGAGGGUGUGACAUCAAUGGUCCACAAAGGCUGCCAGCAGGAAAGGUAAAGAUGGGUACCGGUGGCUGUGUGGAGGACUGCACGGGAGCGCUGUCAUUACAAAUUAAGCGUGGCUUUUGAGGAAGAUGUGACAACUCCAACUACCGGAGGUCUUUCUGCCACUCGCCCAGGACUUCCACAGUGAGGAAAGGAGCUGCAGGACCAACAGCCUCUAAGAUGUUUAUAUGGACCAGUGGCCGGACCUCUUCAUCUUACAGACAUGAUGAAAAAAGAAAUAUCUACCAGAAAAUCAGGGACCAUGACCUCCUGGACAAGAGGAAAACUGUGACAGCACUGAAGGCCGGAGAGGACAGGGCCAUCUUGCUGGGACUGGCCAUGAUGGUGUGCUCUAUCAUGAUGUACUUCCUGCUGGGAAUUACGCUGCUGCGCUCCUACAUGCAGAGUGUGUGGACAGAAGAAGCCCAGUGCGCCCUGCUGAACGUGUCAAUCACAGAAACAUUUAACUGUUCCUUCAGCUGUGGGCCCGACUGCUGGAAGCUCUCUCAGUACCCUUGCCUGCAGGUGUACGUGAACCUGACAUCUUCAGGGGAGAGGCUCCUCCUCUAUCACACGGAAGAGACCAUGAAGAUCAAUCAAAAGUGCUCCUAUAUUCCUAAGUGUGGAAACAACUUUGAAGAGUCCAUGUCCGUGGUGAGUGUCGUCAUGGAAAACUUCAGGAGACACCAACACUUCCCCUGCUAUUCUGAUCCAGAAGGGAACCAGAAGAGCGUCAUCCUGACCAAACUCUACAGCUCCAAUGUGCUGUUCCAUUCUCUCUUCUGGCCAACUUGUAUGAUGGCUGGGGGCGUGGCAAUCGUGGCCAUGGUGAAACUAACUCAGUACCUCUCCCUGCUCUGUGAGAGGAUCCAACAGAUAAAUAGAUAAAAGGAAAAAAAAAUCAUGGAUUAGAUAUUUUUCUUUAAAGCUCAAAUACUGUUUUCUUUCAUUCUUCACCAAAGAACCUUAAGUUUGUAAUGUGCAGUCUGUUAUGGGUUCCUUAAUAUAUUAUUCUAUGUAGAGCAAUAACGCAAAUGCUGUCCUAUAUGCAAACAUGAUGUCAUUAUUCAGGAGAAUUAAUUGUUCCUUGUUGGUCAGGUGUUUCAUUAUCGUGUUGUGAUGCUGGAACUAGUCUGUCCUUUUCUUUCCAUCAGAAUAGGGCUCAGCUACACGUUGCUAAGAGUCGUGGAGGAAUGGAGGCACUUUCCGUGCGACGAGGUCUGUGUUUUGACUUUCCAGACCUCUUGAAGACAAGGUUUUUCUUCAUUUGUUGUUUACUGAAGCUACAGCCAAAAACGUGGUUUUCUUUUCUUAUUCUACAUUGAGCCCUGUAGCAAGUGAAGGGGUUGUUUUCUGACUAAGGGGUGUUAAACUUUUUUUUUUUUUUAACCACAGCACUGUAAGGAAGAGAGGAAACCUAGCCAGCUACUUUUCUUUCAUUACCUUUCAUUCACAGCUUCAGAUUUUUGUUAAAUAAUUUCAAUUAUAUAAUGUCUUCCAAACAGAGCCCUUUUCCAUCUAUGACCCUGCUACUGUGUAGGAGACAAGGCUGGUGAGUUUGUUUCCAGUGAACUGACUGGCUGCUGGUAGGUAUGCCAUUGCAGUUCAGGAAAGUCUAUGUUACAAAGAUAUUUAUGUGAAAUAAUCUUAAUUAUAUUUCCACUGAACUGUUAGAGGUAAAUAUUAAUAUACUAAAGACUGGCAAAUUGGUUGCAAUGGGUGAGUCUGUUAUGGCCAAUUACCAUGUUGGAAUAUACUCUGUAGGGAUUUAUGUUUCAGUGAACGAAUGUACAGUCUCUCCUUCUGAAAAAUGUUGCCUGUUGUGGUUUUAAAGCUGUGUGUGCAGAAUCUUUGUCUCCACUACAUAUUUUAUUUUUCUAUUCACUAUCCCCUUUUUUGUUGUUCUUUUUUAUAUGCAGAAUAGACCUUUUUCCUAACCCAUGUUUGAAAUGAAUAAUAGGUUUUAAAAGGCCUUUCUUCACAUUGAUGUUUACUCAUUCUAUUUGGUGGGGGUAAGGGGUUGGUUUUAAAUAAAGACAUUCCAUCCUUUAUUUAACAUCGAUAUCUAAGGGAGAAGACAAACAUCUAUCUUUCUCAUCUACAUUUAAGUACCUUUUUGUAACAUAGUAUCGAUGUUUUUUAGGUAAUGGCAAAAUUUUACAAAUCAUUUGUGGAAUGAAUGGUGAAACUAAUCUGAGAAAGCAGAAUAUUGUAAUUCAUAGUUUGACUUUUCAUAAACAAAUAAAUCCCUAGGGUGUGAUCAGGAC